GCUGCGGCUGGACACGGAGCGCCCGAGAUGAUGGUGCUGGACAAGGAGGACGGCGUGCCGAUGCUCUCCGUCCAGCCCAAAGGGAAGCAGAAGGGCUGUGCGGGCUGCAACCGCAAGAUCAAGGACCGCUACCUGCUGAAGGCACUGGACAAGUACUGGCACGAGGACUGUCUCAAGUGUGCCUGCUGUGACUGCCGCCUGGGCGAGGUGGGCUCCACCCUCUACACCAAGGCCAACCUCAUCCUGUGCCGACGCGACUAUCUGAGGCUUUUUGGCACCACAGGAAACUGCGCCGCCUGCAGCAAGCUGAUCCCAGCCUUCGAGAUGGUGAUGCGGGCCCGGGACAACGUAUAUCACCUCGACUGCUUCGCCUGCCAGCUCUGCAACCAGAGAUUUUGUGUGGGAGACAAAUUCUUCCUGAAGAACAACAUGAUCUUGUGUCAGAUGGACUAUGAGGAGGGACAGCUCAAUGGCACCUUUGAAUCCCAGGUUCAGUAAUGCCCGGCGCCUGGCCUCCAGGCCCGUCUGUCCG